AAACCGGAAGACAACCCUUUAACGUGACUGUGCGCAUGCGCUUGUUUCUCGUGUCCUCGACCUCUACUACAAACCGCAGACUGAAUCCUCGCCAGCUCCUUCGUUGACCUGACCACUACGUCCCGUCGUCAUGUAUGCCUGCGCUAAGUUCGUCUCCACGCCCUCUCUGGUCCGUGCUGGAUCUCGGGUACUGUACAGACCACUCUCAGCAGCAGUAGUUUCCGAUGCCAGGAAAGCCGAGUCUGCUUCACUCCUGGCACCACAGAGCAUUGCAGCCUCCCAGCUGCAGGUGGCAGUGCGGGGUUUCCAGACUAGUGCUGUGACCCGUGAUAUCGACACUGCUGCAAAGUUCAUUGGAGCAGGAGCUGCCACAGUGGGAGUGGCUGGAUCUGGAGCUGGAAUUGGAACUGUGUUCGGUAGCCUUAUUAUCGGUUAUGCCAGGAAUCCCUCUCUGAAGCAGCAGCUGUUCUCUUACGCCAUCUUGGGCUUUGCUCUCUCCGAAGCUAUGGGUCUUUUCUGUCUGAUGGUUGCAUUCCUUAUUCUGUUUGCCAUGUAAACCAGUUUGGCAUUUGCUGCAAAGGAUGCAUCACAAUGUUAAUAAGAAUUAGCUGUUUGAGAUGCCCUUGAAUAGUACGAUUUUGUCAGCUUAUCGUGUUCGUUGCUGUUUCUUAAGACAAAAGAUUGUGAACCCACUGAUGUAAGAAACUGGCAGACUCAAACAAUUUCAACAUAGUUUUGCCAUUGUAUAUUUAAUCAAAUGUUUUUGUUAAACAUGCAUCUAAUUACAGAAGUAAAAUGUUAAAUUCA